AUUACCCAGCCCCAAAAUGUCACCGAAUCUUGUACCAACCCAACAUCUCACAGCUCAAGACCUAUCAGCUCGUACGACCCAACCUCUCCCGAUCCUCCAUUCGGCAGAGUAAAUUGCGGCUAAAACCACGCCCGAAUCCCGCAUGCGAUCAGCAGGCACCAAAUCUCCUCACCCAAUACGAUGCAUCAAUUGUUCGUUCUUGACGUGCGCCAAGGGAAUUUCUAUAUAUGGGAUGCGAGGACCCCUGGUGCAAUACGAGAGGGACCUGCAGCGGGAGGAAAAUCUUCAUCUGAGCUUAUUAUUUAUAUUGAGACAUAUAUUUAUCUUUUCCUCUCUCUCCAACAGAAGAAAAACACAUCUCUUAUUAACAGAAAGCUUGUGUCUUCUUUAAACAUUCGGAUUUUUGGAUAUCGGCAAUAGCAAUUCACUCAAGAUGUAUUCAUCCAUCCCCAUCUUCAUGCUCGCCCUCGGUUGCGCAGCACAAGCACGUGUCCUCGCCUCGCCGGCGUCGAAUACAACAUCGACCCCGAGUCCUACAGCGUCGGCGAUCGUGAUUGCAGGAUCUUGUGAUCAGAAUACGUUACAGUAUUGCUGUCCACUCGUACAGCCUCAGGCCGGAGAAGGCAGUGUGGAUUUCGCGACGGAUUGCAGACAAGGCAAUUUACCAGCAAGUUAUGAUUGCUUUUAUGCUUUUGAGGAUAUUUGCUGUCAGGGAUCACCAGACGAAAAUGGAAAUACCUGCGAGAUCGUACCUCCAGCCGGAGAUAUCUGUGCACCCGGCGCUGCGGGAACGAUCCAGUCGCUUGGUGCGGUUGUGGGAGCGAGUACUGUGACUGAGACUGUGGAUUGUGCUACCGCGUCGAGUACGAGUAGUGCUGCUAGUACGACAGCGACUACGACUGUGGUAUCGAAUUCGGCGCCGGCUACUACUUCACCGGCGAUGAUGAGGAGGAGGGGUUAAGAUGGUGUGAGUUGGGUGGCUCUGUGAUGGAUGAUCAAAACCCCGGAGUUGGGCUCAGGAUGAUUUGUGGUGGCAGCGAAAAGUCUUUAAUCGUGGGUUGGAGUGGCUUGUUGCAAAAAGCUUGAGGAGAGAGAAAACUGGAGUCAAUUGUCAGCUGAACUCAGACAGUCCUUACCACUUAUAUUAAUUAAUUAAUGAAAUCAAAAUACCACAUAUAAUAGAAAGCAGAG